AUGCUUCAUUAUUUUACACAUAUAUCUACUAAUUCAGUUAAUUUUUUAUCAAAUUAUAAUUAUUUAUUUCAGGGUGAUAAAGGUGAACCAGCUAUUGUUGAAGGUGUAGAUGAUGUUGGAGAGACGGGACCUAAAGGUGAGAAAGGUGAACUUGGUCCUAAAGGUAUUCGUGGUCGAGAUGGAGCUAAAGGACAACCUGGUAUAGCUGGUCCAAAAGGUUAUCAAGGUAUAAAAGGAGACCGUGGUGAACCAGGUUUAAAGGGUGAAAAAGGAGACACUCCAUCACCGAUUUCCUUACCAUAUGCAGAGCCGGGUGAGAAAGGAUUUAAAGGUGAAAAAGGCACAUCUUAUGAUGAAUCACCUUUAAUCAAAGGACAGAGAAUUGGGGUCAAAGGUUUAAAAGGGCUUCCUGGCCCACGCGGUGAUCCAGGUGAUGAAGGUCCUGCAGGCCCACGAGGCAGUCCGGGAAUAAAUGGAGUGCCUGGAACUCCAGGUCCAAUUGGGGAUGAAGGUACACCGGGAAAAUUUGGAAAACCUGGUGCACCUGGUAUACCUGGACCUCCUGGAAGAUUAGGCCAAGAUGGUCUGCCUGGACCUCCCGGACCAGGUGGUUUUCCUGGACCGAAAGGUGACAAAGGAUAUCCAGGAACUCAGGGACCUAAAGGUGAAAAGGGUAUAAAAGGUGAAACAACUGAUGUAGAUGCAAUGCCUGGACCAGAUGGAGAUAUCGGUGAACCAGGAGUGAAAGGAGAUCGUGGUGAUCCAGGUCCUUAUGGACCAAGAGGUCUUCCCGGUGGACGUGGACCACGAGGAGAUCCUGGACCUAAAGGUGACCCAGGUCCUGGAUACGGGCAAGUUAUUGUGGGUGAACCAGGAAGGAAAGGAGAAAAGGGUCUACCGGGAUUGGAUGGAAAACGUGGGAAGACAGGAAGACCUGGAAUUCCUGGAAUAAAAGGCGAAAAAGGUUUUCCAGGUAGAGAGAUCUAUGGAAGAAAAGGGGAAAAAGGUUCACGUGGUUUUCCAGGACCAAUUGGACCACCUGGUGAUAGAGGACCAUCAGGUCUACCAGGUCCUGUUGGUGACCGAGGAGAAAUAGGUCCCAGUAUUGAUGGACCUCCUGGACCUAAAGGAGUUAAAGGUCAACCUGGUUUACCAGGUAUACGUGGACGUGAGGGUGACCCUGGUCCUCCCGGAGAAAAAGGGGACUGCAUCGUAUGCCCGGAUGGAAGACCUGGUUUGCAAGGGCCGAAAGGUUUCCGAGGUCAACCUGGAGUCCCUGGUGAACCAGGCUUGGAUGGUUCUCCAGGUCAAAAAGGAUUGCCUGGAGCUCAGGGACGAGAUGGUCUUGUUGGAGUACCUGGUCAAAAGGGUGAAAAAGGUGAACGUGGAAAUGAUGGUUCACGUGGUCCUAAAGGUGAACCGGGUGCUGUAGAAAUAGUAAAUGUCACCGUACCAGAAGCACCACGUGGUGAUGUUGGUCGUCCAGGUCGUGCUGGAGUAGUUGGUGAACAAGGUCCCAAAGGUUUUCCUGGUCCUAAAGGUUUACCUGGACCUCAAGGUCCUAAGGGUGAUACUGGAUUACCAGGAUUACCAGGUUUUAGUGGAACAGUAGGCAAACCAGGAAGACGUGGUGAACCAGGUCGUGAUGGAAUUGUAUUCGAUGCACAGAAAGGAGCUCCAGGUAUCCCUGGCAGAGAUGGUAUUAAAGGUGAAAAAGGAGAAAAAGGAGAUAGAGGAAUGGAUAAUAUUGUUGAUCAAAUAUUUGAGUAUAUCAAAGGUGAAACAGGUCCAAAAGGAUACCCAGGAGAUAAAGGAUUAUCAGGAUUCCCAGGAGAAAAAGGUAGAGAAGGUGAGAAAGGAAUUGCUGGAAUACCCGGAAAACAGGGAAAACAAGGUUUUCCCGGUCCAACAGGGGCUCCUGGAGAACGUGGCGAUAAGGGUUUCAUGGGCCCUAAAGGACCGAGAGGUAUUCCAGGUCCAUCAGGAGGACCUGGAAGGAAAGGAAUGAAAGGCUUGCUUGGUCCGAAAGGUCUUCCUGGAACUGUUGGUGAUGCAGGCGAACGCGGUCCACCUGGUUUACCUGGUUCUGCAGCAGUCGGAGAAAAAGGUGAAGUAGGUGAACAAGGAUUUCCCGGUCCUCCAGGUAGAAAAGGAAUUCCAGGUAUUAAAGGAGAAAAGGGAGUUAGGGGACCUGAAGGACUUCCUGGACUAAAUGGUCCAAAGGGUGAAAUGGGUGAUCGAGGGCCUAAAGGGGAUACAGGAGAACCAGGUGAGAUCUACCAAGGAAUGAAAGGACCAAAAGGUAUGAAAGGUGAAACCGGUUUUCCAGGUAUCGAUGGUCCCAAAGGAGAUCCAGGAGAAGAUAGAUUCCCAACGGUUGCACUGAAAGGACUUCCUGGCCCACCAGGACCUCGUGGACCUGAAGGGCAAAAAGGUUUACCCGGAAAUACAGGCUUACCUGGUAGAGUUGGUCCAAUUGGACCUAGUGGAGAACCUGGAUCCCCUGGUGAAAAGGGUGAUAUUGGCUUACCUGGUGCAUUUGGUCCCAAAGGGUUGAUUGGAGAACCUGGAGAUGAUGGUGUGGAAGGACCAAGGGGUGAGACUGGAGACGAAGGGCCAAGAGGUGUACCUGGAUCCACAGGACCCAAAGGAUUACCUGGUUUAAUGGGUCCAAAGGGACUUCCAGGAGAACCAGGAGCGAGAGGAGUUGGAAUUAAAGGACAAAAAGGAUUACCUGGACUUAAAGGUAUAAAAGGAUUCCCAGGUGAGCCAGGAGAUGAUGGAAUACCUGGAAAUAAAGGUCUCCCUGGUCUAGCUGGAUUAGCUGAGAAAGGUGAGAAGGGUGAAAAAGGAUUACAAGGUGCUAAAGGACUGCAAGGAAUAAAGGGUAGACCAGGUCAAAUGGGCCCAUUAGGAGAAACAGGUGAUCCUGGUCCAAGUGGCCCCAUUGGUGAAAAAGGUGAUCGUGGAGUGCCUGGUCCAUCUGGACGACCUGGCCGAAACGGUAUAGCUGGUGAACCUGGUGAUAUAGGGCAGAGAGGACUCCCAGGGUUACCUGGACCAUUGGGGGAUAAAGGAGAAAAAGGCUUACCUGGUACAACCAUUCGAGUGGCAGAUGUAGGACCAAAAGGUGAAAAAGGUCAACCUGGUGUAGUAGGUCCACCUGGACCUAAAGGUUUACAAGGUCCGAAAGGUGAUCAAGGAAUUCCAGGGACUGCAGGCAAAUACGGUCCCCCCGGCCCACAAGGACCUAUAGGUCCGAAAGGAGAAAAAGGUGUACCUGGGCCAGAAGGACCAAGAGGAGCUGAAGGGCAACCAGGUUUAAAAGGUCCUAAAGGAUUUAUCGGCCCUAAAGGAUAUCCGGGAUCAGUUGGUCCUCCUGGAGAACGUGGUCCAACUGGAGACAGAGGUGAAGUGUCAAGAUCCCCAGUCGGACCAAAAGGUGAACGUGGCUUGGCUGGACCACCCGGAACCAUGGGCCGAAAAGGUGAGCCUGGAGAACCCGGAAUGAGAGGGGCUCCAGGUGAAGUGGGCGAGCCUGGUCCUGAUUUACUUGGAGCACCUGGGGAGAAAGGAAGUCCUGGACCUACAGGUAGACCUGGGGUUCCUGGAAUGAGAGGACCUAAGGGAAUCAAAGGUGUUUCACCUCGAGAGCCGGGUGAGCCUGGUCCUAGGGGUGAUACUGGACCUCCAGGUGUCAAAGGAGAACGUGGGCCUAAAGGAUUUGAUGGGUCAAUCGGUAGAAAGGGAUUGCCAGGUUUGAAAGGUGAACAAGGUGCCAAGGGAUUCCCUGGUCAAGCAGGAAGACCAGGUGAAGUUGGCGAGAAAGGUGACCGGGGACCUGCAGGACUUCCGGGAGAUAAAGGUAGUAAGGGAAUAAAGGGUGAAAUGGGUCGACCGGGAUUGCAAGGUCCUAAAGGGGAUAGUGCGGUCUCUGUUGUGGGGUUGAAAGGGGAAAAAGGUAUACGAGGCGAUGAUGGUGUUAUGGGUCCUAAAGGUGUACCAGGAAUCGACGGACCUCCUGGAGCCCCUGGUCCGAGAGGUGAGCCUGGAGACGUUGGAGAGCCAUCAGUAGCAGGUCCAAAAGGUUAUCCAGGUCCCCCAGGUGAGAAGGGCUUUAUGGGUCCAGAAGGACCAAAAGGUGAUGUUGGUCCAAUUGGAGAACAAGGAGCACCGGGAGGUAUCGGAGACACACGUGGUAACACUGGACACUUAUUCACUGUUCAUAGUCAGACUACACGUAUCCCAUCAUGUCCAUCAUCAACUCGUAAAUUAUGGGAUGGUUAUUCAUUUUUAAGUAUGACCGGAUCAGAUAGAGCUCAUGUCAAUGAUUUAGCUAGUCCUGGAUCAUGUUUACAAUUAUUCAAUCCAAUACCAUUUAUGUUUUGUGAAAAACAAGAAAAUUGUUAUUAUGCACAACGAAAUGAUCGUAGUUAUUGGUUGAGUACAGAAGAAGAACCAAUGAUGUGGAAUCCAGUUCCAGCAAAUGAAACUCAAAGACAUUUAAGUCGAUGUGCAGUUUGUGAAGCACCUAGUAAGCUUUACGCUUUCCAUUCACAAACUUUGGAAAUUCCUAGAUGUCCUGAUGGUUGGUCCACUUUAUGGCCAGGAAGUAGUUUCCUUAUGAAUACUGGUUAUGGUGCACAAGGUGGAGGACAACAAUUAGCAUCACCUGGUAGUUGUUUACCACAAUUUCGAUCUCACAUGUUUAUUGAAUGCACAGCUAAAGGUUUAUGUGGAUUUUUUGAAGAACAUAAAAAUUUCUGGUUACGUGUUAUGCCUAGUUCAAUGGAUGAACAUAUGUUCGGUAUGGUUAUGGGUACUGUAAUCAAAGUGCGUAAUAGUCAAGAUUCAGUUAGUAAAUGUGUUGUUUGUAUGAGAACACAACCAUUGUCAACAUUAUUUUAUUUAAAUUAA